AUGCAGCGACUUUUGCACAAAGAGAAAGGGGCGGCGAGCGAGAAGCAACUCGUCAUAAAACUCUGCGACAAGUACCUUUCGCAACGACCGACAGUCGAGCACGGCCGGUACACUGGCAGUCCCAGUCCCAAAUUAGAUGAAAACUUCAGUGAGGCGGAAAUCAGAACGGCACUCCAAGGACUCAACGGCAAGUCAGCCCCAGGACCGGACAGGGUGAACAACAAAACACUCAAAAACCUUGAUGACAGAUCUAUCCCCAAACUCACGGACUAUAUAAACAUCUGUUGGAAAGAAGGCUGCACCUCGGAGCAGUGGAAGAGGUCCAAGGCUAUCCUCAUACACAAGCCCAGAAAGCCGUUGAGCUUGAAGAACCUACGCCCAAUCUCUCUCACAUUGUGCGUGGGCAAGGUCUUGGAAUACUCCUUCCUGAACCGUAUCAACGGCCGCCUAGAAGACACGGAAGCCUACCCCCCACCCACUACGAUAGGCUUCCGAUCUCGCCUGUCCACGUAG